AUGGCGAAGGGCGUGGUGGAGCAAGGGCUUCCGGCCAGUGAUACUGAGCGAGCAAGAGGCCAUGGAACACCCGCUGUAUCCUCAACUGAAACCGAAGGGCAUGCAGAAGGAUCUGGAGUUCGAAUUCAUGCGGUUCCUUGCUUGGGCGCAUAUGGCACUGGUCUUCUUGCAAGUUGGCACUGCGUUCCGAUGGGUGCAUAUGACGAUCAUCUUCUGGCCCACUUGCGUAGAGGCGAGUAUGCACAACUGACAAAGUUCGAUGGAAUUGGCGCAGGACUGUUUGCUGGACAAAAGUCCCACAUCGACGAUGCUAUUAAGACAGCUUUGAACGACGCCAAGCUGGGAACGUACAAGACGAUCAUCGAGGCAGUGUCCGAAGAUCAUUGGAUGAGUGAGCAGCCAGGACCGAUGGCUCACUACGACUCGAAGACCAUCAAGGCCAAGUACAGAGCCUUAGCAGAUCUCAUGGACGGGGACUCUGCCAAGGGCAAGCAAGAAUUGAAUCGGCUGAUCGGCUCGCAUCUGCAUACCAUCUGGCAGAACACCUUCAAGAAUGGUAUCGCUGUCCUCAAGCCACUACCAGCACACUCCACAGCCCUCGUCCAGCCAGCGCUCGACUUGGCGCAUCUGCUCGCGGAAUGCCCCGAAUCCAUCAUGCAGACUUCUUGUCCGCCGAAUCGACCCAAAUGCAGUCCAUGUGUGGGAUCCAGGAUGCAGGUACAAACACCAACGGCAUUCAAAAACAGCUCAACCAUAUUCAGCCUCAGUGUGGUACCACAUCCUCUGACGAUGAUAACACUCAAUAACGACACCGUUGAGCACAUUACUGUAAAACAUAUCCGACGAAACACAGAUCGAGAUCCUUGGCUUUGGUCUGUUACGAGAGAUGUGCUUGGUGAUGGUCGAGGUGGACCAAGCAGGAUAUUGAGCUUGAAGAAUAUGGUCGCAUCUGAAUUCGGAUCAAGUCGUAGUCUGUGGUUCACGACCGAGCAGUUCCCAACCACAUUCAACCCACCACCGCCUCCACCAAAGUCGCCGACCAAUGAUGCGCACCCGGAGAAGGAGAAGAUAGAGCCAUUUCCAGAGACUUGGCUAGAAGAGCUCGAUUGGGUAUUUGGAUUUUCGAUACCGCGAUCGACUAUUGCCCACGGCGAGUCUUUGCCACCUGUGCCGGGACCCGAACGUUGGAAAGGACCAGAAGGUAUACCGGCAGAUGUAUCGAAGACAAGACCACCCACAGACGAGGAGAAGUCAAAGGAAGUCUCUCUGCUCAGACGCGCACGAGAUACGGUUGAGAGCAAAGAUGAGAACAUACUAAAGAUGAGACGCGUCGCUGAAGCUUGGAAUUUGGCUGACAGCGAAGUUUGGAAAUUCGUCAAAGCGUUUAGAGCGAGAUCGAAUCUGGAAAGACAGGCUUUCGAAAAAGAGGAAGCCAAAUUUGGUGGAAGCAAGGUUAGAGGCCCUUCACGGUGGUGGCAUUCGUGA